AUGCCUCAGUUUGGUGCCACCUUCUACCCAGGCGGCGUAGACGAUUACUACAUGCCUGAAGUCAUCGCGCCCGCCCCUCAGAGGGUGAUGCCUGAAGUGCCCCAGAACAUGCAGCAAGACCUACAGCGCAUGGAACUGGAGGCGCGAUCAAUCGACCCGAACCGACCUGGCUCGCACUCGCAACACGGAGGCAGGCCUGCUCACGGCCGCGAACCCUCAUUGUCCCAUGUCUUGAACACCAACGUGGGCACGUACGGCCAUCAGUACCAGAAGGCCGCGGCCGACCACGCCGACUACAGCCCAGCCUCCAACUACAGCCCUUUCCACGAGAGCGCGGACACGUCCUCGCACUAUGACAGGAAGAUGAACAAGCCAGACAAGCCUUCGUUCUCGCCCUUCCCGAAGGUGCAGGGCGAACACAUUCCGCCAAGCGACGAGGAGAAAGAAACCGUUCUGGCCGAGAGUCGGGAGCUCGUCCUGCACUCAAACGACCCCAACAUGCAGAUCUGCUGGGCUCGCGACGUCCUGGCUUAUGUUGAGAUCUCGGCUGAGGCCGCCACACGCGAGUACGAGACGGCCCGUAAGCCUGGCGACCGGGACUAUGGGCGGCCUCAGACCCCACGGCUCGAGCAUGAGCUCCGGAACGAUGCCACCAACAUCAUCAUAUACCUUGCGGACCAGGGACACCCGGAAGCGGCCUUCAUCAGGAGCAAGUGGCUGGAGUUUGGCAAAUUUGGCAAGAGACAGGACAAGAAAGAGGCCUACAAUGGCUAUGUCGCGGCAGCGUCGCAAGGAUGGGGUCGCGCCGAGUACAGAAUCGGCAUGCUCUACGAGAAUUCUAACGACGUCGACAAGGCCCUGCGACACUACCACUCUGGACUGGCAUUGAAUGACUCGGCCGCAUCCUAUCGGCUCGGUAUGAUCAGCCUGAUGGGGCAGCAUGGCCAGCGCAAGGACGUGUCCCGCGGACUGGAUCUUAUUCAGGCCGCUGCCGAUACUGCCGAUGAAGACGCGCCUCAGGGAGCUUUUGUCUACGGCAUGAUCAUCGCUAGAGACCUGCCUGAUGUGGCCGUUCCCGAGUCCAUGCUCUCCUUGGACAUCACUGUUGCUAGACAGUAUAUUGAAAAGGCAGCUUACCUGGGUUUUGCGAAAGCUCAGCUGAAGAUGGGACAAGCAUACGAGCUCUGCCAGCUCGGCUGCGACUUCAACCCCGCCCUCUCCCUCCACUACUACGGGUUGGCAGCUCGACAGGGUCAGCCUGAAGCAUGUCUCGGCGUCAGCAGAUGGUUUUUGUUUGGUUACGAGACCUCGUUUGCCAAGAACGAGCAGCUGGCCUACAAGUAUGCGCAGCUUGCCGCGGCGGCUAAGCUCCCCACCGGCGAGUUUGCCAUGGGCUACUACCACGAGAUUGGCAUAUUCGUCGAGAAGGAUAUUCGAGAGGCGCGGAAGUGGUAUGAGCUUGCUGCCGAGCACGGCAACAAGGACGCUGUGGGACGUCUGGAUGGACUUUCCCAGUCUAAGGUUCUCUCCAAGCAGGACCACGAGAGCACAACUCUUACCAGGAUCAAGUCCCAGCACGGCUCGCAGCGCGGCAAGAGACCCGACCGCUUCAAGCAGGUCAAUGCCAUGCCAGCUCUGGCAGAGUCAGAGAGAAACUCCCCUCAGCCUUCGCCGCGCGGUUCAGACUUCCCCAGCACCGAUAUGCCAGACCCUAGCAAGGUAAGCGGGGGCAGGGCACCGGCCUUCACCGUCAAUCUGCCCGACAGGACGGCAGGUGGUCGCCCGCAAUCGGCCGCCCCGUACCCAGAUGAUGAGCGGCCCGCACCGCUUAACCUCGCAGCACGGCCCAAAUCAGCAGCGCCGUAUCCCGAGGACGACACGGUGGGCCGACCCCCGCUAUCACCUCAUUACAACCCCAAUAUCCCGCCCUCCGCAGGUGGACGUGCUGGGAGUGCUUUUGGUGUUCGGACGGAUUCCCCUGGUCGCCAAGGGCCUCCCAGUGCCGGGAUGCGGGCUUCACAUGCGGGAGGUAGUCUUGGCAUUCCACCUGCUGGAGCUGAUCCUCGUGGUCGCCCCGUGUCUGCUGGGUGGCAGCCCCAAGUACCCGGUGGAUACAACAACGAUUACAGACGGUCAAGUCCUGGGCCUGGCUACCAAGACUCUGCCCGCCCUGGAUCCUCUCAUUAUGAUCCUCGACUCUCUGGUGCGCCGGGCGGGCCUGUUUCUGCCAAUCCAGCUCACAACCGUCUGACAAAGACCAACCCUAACCCGGCUGUACCACCAAAGGGAGGGCCGUCUCCUGGACAAUAUCCCAUGGGAGGUUAUGGCCCUGGUCCUACCCCAUCGCAACCUGGCCGCGAGUACGGAGCUCGUACGUCAUCGCGGCCAUCCAGUGCCGCUCAUGACCCCUACGGCGGUCGUGCGUCGGCUGCUCCCAGUCUGGGCUCGCCGGCCAUGUCUGGUGGGAUGGGACCACCACGUCACGAUUCUCACGGCCCGGGGCUGCCCGUUGGUGGACCUGGCGCCGGUCGGCCCGUCAGCACAAGGCCGCCUGUCCAGCUGAAGGAUAGUGGAGCUGGACGUGCAAGCGCGCCUCCUAACCAGUCACGGCCGAUGAACGCUUCGCCGGCUCCCAGCGCCAGCACCACCAACUCCGCGGCCACGGCACCCGCAGCCCCUGUCAAACAGGGCCCCGCCACCUUCGAAGAGAUGGGCAUCCCCAAAGCAAAGAAGGAUGACGAUUGUGUUGUCAUGUAA